AUGAAACGGUGUUUCCUCCGUGAGACCUGUGCCUGCCCUCUCCUGUUGCCUCAUUUCACGGACCUCCGCCUCAGUAAAGAGGCAAGUGAUGAGGUUGUGAUCACGCAGGGGAUUCUGAAGUUGAUAGAAGACAUCCUGAAAGGACUUGGGCAACGGAUUCUGCGUAUUGUCCCGAUCUUCAAACCGCCACCAGAGGUAAGCACAGGUUCUGAGGCAGAAUUGAACAAGGGGACUAUGUCCCUCUUCUCGUCCUGUUUGAGAAACAAGUGCUUCGACAACUGUGACGAAUAG